GUGCAACAUAUAUCAGACUUUCAGUUCGGUAUCAGCCUUUGGAGUAUCGAGAACUUUUUGUGGCGCAUUUAAAUUCUGAAUUUGACUAAUUUCUAGUGUUCUGUGAUUAUAUUUUGGGAAGUUUAUGGGUCAUAAUAAUGGCAACAAAUAGAACUGAAGAAGAUACUUUCGUAGAAUUAAUAAAAACAUUUUUAAAGGAGUUCACUGAGGGGAAGUUCAGUUACAAUUCAAACAAAGAUGAGUGUGAAGCCACAUUGAAUAUGCCCACACAUUUGUUCGCUGGUCUGAGAACAUCCCAACAAGAGAGGAAUGAUGGUCUAAGUUUGAAGAGCUUAAAAUACUUGAUGGAAAAUAAUCAAGUAAGCCGGCAGUUUACCUGGAACAUGUUACCCACCCUGCUCACUAAACAUAAGGAUAGUCUAUGUUUUUAUCUGUUGUUCCAAAAACUGAAGGAUCUUCUUCUUCAGUCACAAACAGUGAAUGAGUUGUUUCUAGUGAACACUGUAUUAUUAUUGCUUCAGGAGAAAAAGUAUGGCCCAGCUCUUGCUGAAUCACAAAAAUUCACAGUCAAUGAACCCCGAGCUAGUGGUUACGAGUCUCAAGCUGCAGCUGCGUCUGCCUUACUUGCCGGCUAUAAAACAACUCUUGAUUUCCCAAGUUUUGAAGAAAACAUACAAGUACUUAAGGAGAUGAAGAUAACAUUGGCAUUGAUGUUUGCUAAACAUCCCUGGAUGAUUCCUACUUUUCUGGAAGCUUAUACCUCCAUUCUUAUUAAGUUGAAUGCUCACGAUGAAAUUGAAUUGUUCUUACGGGGAUACGUUGCAAAUGAUGGCGGAAUUGCAAGCGCUAUUCUUGCUCUGGAAAUAAUGAAAGUGUAUAUUCCCAACGGCACUAAAGGAUUAAACAUUCACUUUCUUGAGAAGAUAGCGGAGAUCGACCAAGCAAAUCCUAAGGUCUUGGAUUUGUGUAAACUUUAUUUGCAGUCCGAAUUCGAAAGAGACAUCAGUCAGGACCGUCUUAAGAAGUGCCUCAAGCUCAUGUUUGAUUUUCUAGAUGCGUAUGCCUAUCGCACACCGUCUGACGUUGUCAAAGAAGGAUGGAAUGUAAUGGCAAAUCUGAUGAACAAGAUUUGUUUGCAAGGAACCGAUGUUUGUCUGGAAGCUGUCAUUAAAGCUUGGCAUCAUGACAGAAAGGGGUGGUGGCCAUUUUUCCGUUUUUCCAAAUUUCCGUCUCCUCUUCCAUCUGGUUACGGAGAAUUUCUUUGUGAUAUGGCUACUGUAUGUCUGAUUUUGGAGUCUCAAGACCACCCUUUCGUAGUUAGCGUUAUAAAUCUUCCGGAAUGCUCCUCAUUUCAAUCGGUCGUCAGCAUGCAUCGUUUGUCAGUGUUUCCCGACGUGAAGAUGAAUUUUGAUUCGAAGAUUAAUGCCCUGAUAACGUCAAUUCCAUUACCAAUCUUGCCGCCUUUUGCGUUGUUCUCCGAACCAACUCGAAUGGAAGUGAGUGGUGAUCAAACAAUUUCUGGGAGAGCCAGCACAGAUGAUACGAAGCAGUUAGCUCUGCAGUUUAGUAAUCUGCUUUUAAAAUCAAAAGCCAUCAAAAAGAAAACGGAAAACAAGAGAAGUUUAGGUGCUAAGAUAAUUUUCCGGUGUAGUUCCGGUACAAAAUUAAAAGGAUUGUCCAUUGAGACAGUAGAUGGCGAAUGAUGUUAUAAAUUGACUUCUCAACUCAAUCAUGAGUCAAUGUCGAAAGUUACGUUUGCCUGUGUUUAUUUUAAUUUUCUUUGUCUUUACGGAUCAAGUUUCAACUCCAAAUGUCAUGUAGGUACUAGGGAGGUAAAUAAUCGUAGUAAGACGCAGACAUUUGAAUCUCCAUUUGAUCCCGGUCCAGCAUACUAAUAAAUUUUAAUCAUAAU